AUGGAAUCCUGGACUCAUGUCGAGCCGAUGGAGGAUGUACUAAUGUAUGCAUUUCAGGUGCAUCCUACCUGUGGGCGCUGUCUUGCAGGUGGCACCGAAUGUGUCUACGACGGGAGUGCCAGCGGCAGCGGCACCGCGAGUGCGAGCACCAGUGCAAGUGCAGUUCCCCAGUUGUCUACCUGGCAAAGCGCAUCGACAGCACAGCUCCCAUCUUCGUCCGCCACAAGCAAUGCAAGACCGGAGGAAGUGAGGGGAACAGGACCUCAUACUGAGCCGCCUGCAGAGCCUGUGCCCAGGCAGAUCGGCCCUGAGAGAGGACAGCUUUCUGUUUAUGAUGGUGGCCGCUCGGCCUAUGUAGGCUCAACAUAUUGGGCAAAUGCAAUCCCUUCGGAGAUCAACCGCGACACGGUGCCCACGGUCCUCGGCGAGACCAGCCCAUUCCCUAAAUUUCCUGGCAGGAUGCAGGAUGGAGCUCUCGAAUGGAGCGGCCAGAAGUUUCGCCCACCGCGCAACUGUGGCUUUGAAUGGUCCCAGCCGUCGUCGAACAAAUGCAAGUUCUGUGGAAGGAACUACAACAUCUCAUGUGUCAUGGCACUGCUACCCAGUCGCGAAAUCUGUGAGAAGCUGUGCGGGUUUUUCUUCUCAACCGUCUUUCCUCUGACGCCGAUUUUCCACAUGAAGAGUUUUGCUGAGGAUUUCAGAACGUUCUGGGAUGGCAUUCCACCUGCGAGUGUGCACAACGCUGAGCCGAGCGUGUUUAUGCGCAAGAAGCCGGGAUUUCUAUCUCUCUUAUCUGCUAUCCUGUUUGCGGCAGUCUUCUCGGCCGCGCCAGCUCGUCUGGAGCGUAUCUUUGGAGAGCCCACCACUCUCAACCCCGGAGACAUGUACUUCAUUGCCAUGGCCUCAGCUAGCUUGACCGGUUUCCCUCGACGGCCGAGCAUCUACUCUCUGGCAGCUUACAUCAUUGCGCAGAGUCAGUUCGUGAGGGAAGAGGAAUUCUCGGAUGCUCCCGACUUUAUUGCUACCUCUUUUCGUGUUGCGCUAGGCAUGGGCCUACACCGCCAGCUUCCAGAAUCAGGGCUACCUCCCUCCGAGUUGGAAACUCGACGGCGGCUUUGGUGGUAUAUCCUUCACCUGGAUGUCAUGUCUUCAUCUUCAUCUGGACUCUCACCUCUCUUCAUCAACCAGAAAAUGGCCAACACGGAUUCCAUCUGUCAAUACGACGUUCAGAACGACGAUCCAAGUGCUAGACAAGAAAUUGACGUUCGCUACUUGGUGGCGUCUCGCCGCUAUGAAAUUACUAGGGAGAUUAGAAGAGUACUUGUGCUCCAUUUCGAAGACGGCUUUCAAUCACUGGAAGUGGUUGCAGACUGUGCUGGUCGCCUUCGAACGAUAGCUGACCGCACCAGUGCUACAGUCGACACGUUGCUCAAGGCCAGAGUCGCUGCUGAGAGCAAAGCUGCGAAAUCUACGACUCCUCGUCCCUUUGAUCAAGCGCCGCUUAUGCUUGACUUUGAUCGGGUGUGGACUCUUCGGCCAGACCCGAGCGAUAAGGAGGUGGUUGACUUUACGGCCUGGUCUGCGCUCCUGUUGCACCUCAUGGUCCACAAGGCGUAUUGUGUGCUUUACCACCCGCUGUUCAGGGAUCCUGCGAUGGUGGCCGACGAAAACAUCCGAACAAAUGCGGUCAAACAUGCCCAAGCAUUCAUCCAGGUGUUUAUUCGUGUCUGCAACGAUCCCAUCUCUGAGCCCUUCCAUUGGAUGUACCCGGGCACCUACCAACCUCUGCAGGCGGUUUCACUCCUUCUAGCCGACCUGCUACAGCAUCCAUACAGCGACGAUGCGGCCCUCUCGCGAGGCUUGAUCGACGCCAUCUUCGAACUCUACCAGGUGGACGAAGGCAUCGUCAGCCAGAGCGACCCGCCUCGACGCCAGCUCUCGCCGUCCGGACGAGACGCGUGGACUAUGCUGGUGAGGACGCGGCGCAAGGCCCUAGAGCAGGUCGGCAUGGACUACCACGUGCUUUUCCCUUCCAACGCGGUUCUGUCGAGCCGCUGCAUCUGCGGCGAAAGGAUCUCGGCGGUCGAGAGCCAGGCUGCGGCCCACCAGCAGACAAUGCACCGGACCAGGCCCGGGGAGGGACAGCCGCCAGUUCCUCCCUUGUCACAGGACAUGCAGGGCGACAACCAGGGCGACCAGGCUCCCGGCCAGAUGCUCUACGACCAAGUCGACUUUGACUGGCACGCGUGGGACACGGCGCUGGGGCCGUCGAUUGGUCUGAUGCCGUGA